GUAGUUCAAGAUGGCGGCGCCCACAGGCGCAAUGGGCGAUUCCGAUAGCAGCAGCAGCAGCAGCGAUGCCGAAGAGCUGGCGCGGUGCCGCGAGGCAGCGAUGCCGGCCUGGGGCUUGGAGCAGCGCCCAAGUGGUCCGGAGAAGGCUAGAGCUGAUGCUGCAAAUAACCAGCUGCCAGCCACCCAGCCGAGCCUCAGGCUUAAGGUGGAUGAGCACGAACAAGAUGGCAACGAGCUUCAGACUACCCCAGAAUUCCGAGCUCAUGUAGCUAAGAAGCUGGGAGCCCUACUGGACAGCUCCAUUACCAUCUCAGAAACGCAGAAGGAGCCAACAAACGCCAGGGUACAGAAGGCUGUCUCAGAGGAUGAUGGCUUCCGCCUUUUCUUCACGUCCAUCCCUGGCGACCCUAAGAAGGAAGCUUCUCCCCAGCCCCGCCAGAAGCGACCGCCCUCCAGCUCCAGCAGCGAGGACAGCGAUGAGGAGUGGCAGAGGUGCCGGGAGGCAGCUGUGUCAGCCUCCGACAUUCUCAAGGAAUCAGCCAUCCAUGGCCCUAUCAAGGUGGAGAAAGAGGCAAAGAAGAAGAAAAAGAGGAAAAAGAAAGCCAAGGAGGAGGCCAAUGCCAUCUCAGCCACAGCCACCACCACCACAAGUGGGGCCAUGGUCCAAAAGCAAGAAAAGGAGACAGCCAAGCUCAAUGGGGACCAGGCAUCACUUGGGACCAAAAAGAGGAAAAAAAAGAAAAAGGCAAAGCCUAGUGAGGCUCCCCAAUUCCCACCAGCAAAGAGUGCAGCAGCCAUGCUUGCAAACUGACCCAGCCUGUGGACACAGGGCCUAGCUAGCUCUGAGGACAAGGUGCCCACUGGAGACAAGACAUUUCCAAGCCUCUGCCUUCCUCCAAGUUCAAGGCCUUGGCUGGUGUCAUGGAUUGAAUUAUGU